AUGACAAAAAAGAUCUCCAUCUUCAGCUUCACGGCUGUCAGCGUUCUGCUGAUUCCGCUGUCCAACGGCGGUAGACCGCCUUAUCCGGAACUGAAUCCAGCGCUUGGAAAGUACCAGAACGCCCCGGAGUGCUUACCAAUCCGAGAGACGUGGUACUCGGUCUACAGGAACUACGUGUAUGAUCCGGAAUUCGGAGGAGCGGCUAAGUGUGGCAGAUUAACUAGCCUGGGUCCCGAGCAAAAUGGAUCCUUCCCAAUGUUACUUGAAUAUGGACAUACGUCGAUCGAAAUACUGUCAACUCCUGUGGCAUACGAAGGAUACGAUGUGAAAAAUCUGCAGUACUAUCAAGCCGCUGGUGAAAAUAGUUCACUGCUGGUGUACAUUGGGUACGUGGAUUGCCAGAAGUGCGUAUUGUUCAGAAACAGCUACAUCAAUGGAAAGGCGUGCAGUCUUUUCGUUCCCGAGAGCGCCUUGGGAAACCACGGAACUUGCUGCGAUUUCAUUUUUAAUCUUCUCUGCGGGGCAAGGCCGAAGUAUUGCACUUACGACGAGAGCUGUCCGAAAUGA